GAGAAACACAUGGAAAGUUUUUGCAAACACAUCCAGGGUUGGAGGGUUUUUCUGUCUACAUGGCACAAACAAAAGAGCAGCUUCAGAUGUAGUUUGAGGAGCUUCUCUCAUCCAUGUGCCUGCUGCCUUGACCCUGCAGAUGAGAGGGGGCCACCAGCACCUCUGCUUUGUCUCAGUCUUCCUCUUCAAACACUGAGCAAAACUCACAGCUUUCCCCUUGGAUUACUGCAUCUGAAAACAUCAAUGGAGGAUUGACAGAAGAUUCUGCAAAAAGGAUUAAUCCUUUCUCCUUUUUUUUUGUCUGAUUGUUAUGAGAUUUUCUCUAAGUGGAAUGAUGUCUCAGCGCUGGAGCAGGAGGCUCUGGUUCCCAGUUGUGUUUGGUGCCACUCUGGUUCUGCUCACUGCUGUGGAUGCUGGACCAAACCAGGACAGGAGGCAGGCUCAGCAGUCCUCAUGCUUUGGAAGUUUUGACCUCUACUUUGUUCUGGACAUAUCUGGAAGUGUGCAGAAUCACUGGAAUGAAAUCUACAGUUUUGUUGAACACCUGGCACAUAAAUUCAUAAGCCCACAGUUGCGGAUGUCCUUCAUUGUGUUCUCCAACGAGGGACGGAUCUUGAUGAGGCUGACAGAAGACAGGGAACGUAUCCGUAAAGGUCUGGAGGAGCUCCAGGCAGUUCUGCCAGGAGGAGACACUUAUAUGCAUGAGGGCAUCCAGCGGGCCAGUGAGCAGAUUUACCAUGGAAACACAGAAGGUUACCGCACUGCCAGCGUCAUCAUAGCUCUGACUGAUGGAGAGCUUCUCGAGGACUUUUUCUUCUAUGCAGAGAGGGAGGCAAACCGCUCCAGAAGUCUGGGUGCCACAGUUUACUGCGUUGGAGUCAAGGACUUCAAUGAGACACAGUUGGCGAAGAUUGCUGACAGUAAAGACCACGUCUUUCCUGUAAAUGGUGGAUUUGAGGCUUUGCAAGGAGUCAUAGAUUCGAUUCUGAAGAAGUCCUGCAUUGAGAUUCUGGCAGCAGAGCCUUCCAGCAUAUGUGCAGGAGAGUCAUUCCAGGUUGUGGUAACAGGAAAUGGGUUCCUCCAUGCCAGAAACGUCGACAAAGUUUUGUGCAGCUUCCGGAUCAACGACACUGUGACCAAGAUGAUGAAACCCCUGACUGUUGAGGACACAUAUCUCCUCUGCCCCGCCCCAGUCCUUCAGGAGGAGGGAAUGGCAGCGAAUCUGGAUGUCAGUAUGAACGAGGGCCUCAGUUUUAUCUCCAGUUCAGUCACCAUUACCACUGUGAAAUGUUCUGACGGGACCAUCCUGGCCAUAGCUCUGCUUAUCCUCAUGCUGCUCCUAGUUCUGGCUCUCCUCUGGUGGUUCUGGCCUCUCUGCUGCACCGUGAUCAUCCACGAACCGCCACCACCACCUGUGGAGGAAAGCUCGGAUGAUGAGGACUUUGACACUCCAAAGAAAAAAUGGCCAACCGUAGAUGCCUCCUACUAUGGAGGAAGAGGAGUGGGGGGGAUCAAAAGGAUGGAGGUCCGCUGGGGAGAGAGAGGCUCCACGGAAGAAGGAGCGAAGCUGGAGAAAGCCAAAAAUGCCAAAGUGAAGAUGCCAGAGCAGGAGUACGAGCUGCCGGCCACUCGGGUUCUCAACAACGGCAUGCAGAAACCUCCGCCACCACACAAGUGGUACUCACCCAUUAAGAGCAAACUCGACGCCCUGUGGGUUCUGCUGAAAAAAGGCUACGACCGAGUGUCUGUAAUGAGACCUCAUCCAGGAGACAAGGGAAGAUGUAUGAACUUCACCCGCAUAAAAUCACAGCCUCCUCGCUACCCCAACUUUAACUACCACUCCUCACCCAUCUGCAGCCCCCCCAGCAGAAGUCCUCCUCCACCACAGGGCUCCCUGCCGCCGACUCCUGGCAGCCCUCAGUCAUUUUCCUUUUCCCCGCUUCCAUCACCGCCUUCAACUCCUCCUCCUGUCUCCCCCACUCCCUCACCACCCCUCACGCCCCACCCUUACACGCCGCCUCCCAAACGAGCUCUUCCCCCAACAACCAUGUACAUACCCGCUCCACCAGCGUCCCCACCCACCCCUCCGCCCUGUGCGCCUCCGGCCGGCCCGCUACCUCCUCCUCCACAGGGACCUCCCCCCGGGCGAGCCCCACCACCCGCCCGCCCGCCGCCUCGUCCCGGCCUGUAGGGCUGUGGCAUCACACAGCAGAGAGACAAAACUGAAGGACCGCAGCGAUCAGUUUGCAGAAUGUUUCCUGUGCUUUGAAGCAAGGACAUGAGAGUCUUCUGCCUUGUGGAGAGAGGCCAGAAACACUUCUAUCCAGCUAUUUGUCUACACUGACCUUUGUACACAUCUAGCAGAACAGUGCAAUUACUCAGAUGCUUGAAUUACACUCUACAGUCCAUACAAAUGAGUUCAUGCAGACCGGCUCCAGAGCAUUUGUGCAGAUGAUGCUCAGAGGUGCCACAGUCAUAAGUUUGGAUGAAUCCUCAGGAGCCUCACGGACUAAAAUGUCUGCAUUGUCGACCCUCGAUAAGAAGACAUUAAAAUGCAUGCUUGUCAGUUGUAAUAUUUCUGAUUAGAGAUGAAACUCAGGCUUCAAAUGUUUUUCCUUUUAUUGGUUUCCAGCAGAUUUACAGGAAUCUGAAACUCCUUGACAUUUGUUUUAGGUUUCAGCCAAUGCAUGCAAAGAAAGCUCCUGUGAGCGUUGUGGUUUUACUUUUAAUAAGAUUUUCAUGACAUUUUUUUAAAAUAAUGUAUAUCUAAAGAAUUGUCUUUUUUUAUAUAGAAAAACUAAACAAAGAAGAAACAGACAAUGGUUUGCAAAUCAUUUUACCUUUGUACCCAGUUGAAAGUAGCACAAGGACAAAUACAUAAUGCAAAACUACAUUCUUGUACAUUUACCACUAGGUUUCACUAUCAAGGUUUGGAAGCUUAAGACAACAGCUGUUGUAAUAAAAAGUGGAAUAUUUACUUGAUAUAGAAAUGCUUCAGCAGAUCUGUUUAUUUUUUGUAUGUUUUUUUCUAUUCAAAAUAUGCCACAUAUUGAGUUUUGUCUUAUCCCUUAAUACCUUAAAUCCGUCCAUCUAUUGUCUCUAUAUCCACUUACUGCUUAUUGCAGGGUCACUGAGGAUCUGGUAUUUUUAUAUGCCCUUUAUUUUGCAAUAUUUUAUAAUAAGACCAGAAUGUGUGCACUCCUGAUUAACUCUACAACUCUUCUAUUGUCUUUCUUUUACCAGCAGCAGCAACAUAGAGAGCUGAUAUUGUCUCUACGAUCUCAGUCAAGAGGGAGUGAGUGCAGAGAAGCACAGAAGACCUCAAUUACUCCCUGUGAAAGCAUAUGCAGGGCAUGGCUAACACAUUCCAGAUGUCAAUAUGUUGCAUUAAUGUCGCAUGCUGGAAUGGAGUGAUCUGCCCUGGAAAAUAUUAGACUCCAUUUAAUCUCCAGGAAAUGUGGACAAACUGCAGAAAAAAAGGCCCUUGUCCUUUUGGGGUUUGAAGCUGGGCUUUCUUCUGCUUAUCUCCUCUAUGCAACACUGCAUUUAUGUAGUGAUUCAUGCAAAAGGACCCCCAAACAUUUAUUGAGAGCAUAUGCUGUGCAGUACUUAAAUACAAUUUGCUGUAGGUUGACAUUCAUUCCGUGUUAAAGUCAUUUGUAAUAUUCAAAUUUCCAUUAGCUGUAGAUGCAAUCAUCAAAAUGAACUGAAAUAAGCUCUAAGCUACAUCCCUGUUGUGUAUCUCGUCAAUAUGAGCGUCACUUUUUGAACUGAAUUAAUUCAAAUGUCUGUUUUUCACUGCUGUGAUUUAUUGAGAUGCAGCUCUAGCCUGAAUAAGUUAAGGUAAGGACGAUACAACACCACCUGUGUUCAUUUACUCGGUUAAUUGCUGUGCCGCUUUAUCCUCUGGCUGGUGAAGGAGGGCCUGCACACCGAGCUGCUUCACACAAUGAUAUUUUUCCGUGAAAAAUUACCCGUUGUCGGAGAACUGGGACCAUUUCUGCUUAGACUCAUGGUUGACUUCUACAACUGCUCUGCGGCCGCAUGUGAAACCAUUAUGAUACUGAGCAUGUGCAGUGAAAUCUUCCUGAAAACUGCGCUUAUCGUCACCAACAGCUUGGCCUUUCACCUGAGAGUCAUGCUGAAGCUGAAUGCAUUCCUCCGGCUGGCGCUGACCGGGGAACUUUUACCUCCACGGUACCUGGACCGAAGCGGGCGCCCGAGAGAGUCCGCCCGGCUUUCCUCCAUCAGCAUCUGGGACGACAGCGCCUCUCUGGUCUGCGGCGAAGAAAGGAGACCUGCGCAGUGGUUCAAGUCGGUCCAUGCGGUGCUGCGUGUACUGCCUACAAUCUACCGCCGUUCAUUGUGUGCUUCUGUGACCCUCCUGGGCCUCGUCCACAUGAUACUGCCGGUCCCCUCAGCUGGGCUCAGAUCCCUCUGGCCCUUCCGUCUCCACCGUUACAGCGUCUUGGACCUUUACGAGACCACUGGGGACAAUAUUUCAAAUGCUUGGUGGCUGCAAUCUGUGGUCCAUCUGAGGUGAUUGGGGUUCAUGUACUUGAAUUUUGGAUAUAUUGUACAAAUAUAGAAGGGGGAAAAAAGUGUCAGCUUUUAACGCUUGUAAAAUCUCUUAACUGUAUUUUGAAUCUUUUUAAUUGUAAUAAAUUAGAUCAGAAGCCUCUUAUA